AUGUUCGCUUCCAGCUCGGGAGCAAAUGGAAAGAAGCGCGCAUCGGAUGCAGAAGGGCACGAAGCAUCUUCCGUCUCGGACGUAUGGAUGGCUGGGACGUCUGCACAAGGCGGAGGCGAGUCGGAAACGGCAACUCACAGACGUGCAGCGAUGCAAAGUAGCGACUCCGUCGUCGACAGCUAUGGCGGCAGCGGCAGCGGCUUGGGUUUCAGGGUCAAGCGCAGUCGUCAGGCGCUCAACGUGCGCAUCCCGGACUCGGACUGCUCGCUCACCUCAGCGCGAGAUCUGCGAGCACAGAUCACGAAAGCUCAGCAUCGCAAUCUGACCGACGUCGUGCAGAACCAUACCUUUGUCGGCGUCGUCGAUCUGGCUAAAGGCUUGAGUCUCAUCCAGCACGAGACGAGGUUGCUGCUGAUCAACCACGAUGCCAUGAUCCGCGAAUUUGCUUAUCAACUCGUGCUUCGUCAAUUCGGCAGUCUGAAGCGCAUCCGAUUGGACCCAGCGCCCAAGGUGGACGAUCUCAUCCGCCUCGGCUUGGAGAACACGACUGGCGUUCCUGAAGACGAAACAGAAAGCGUCGAAGCGACCAAAGACAAGAUCGCCGACGUGCUCUUCGAGAACGCCGAGAUGCUCGAAGAGUAUUUUUCGAUUUGUUUGGAUGCCGAGAAACGCACCCUGGAAGGUUUGCCGAACCUGCUUCCAGGCGGCGGCGGCGGCCAUGGAAGCGCCAUCGAAUUGGAUCGUCUGCCCCAGUUGUUGGUCAGGUUGGCGACGCGCGUCGACUGGCAGGACGAGCAAGAAUGUUUUGAGACCUUUGCACGACAGCUUGCUUGGAGCUGCCUGCCUUGUCCACCUCCCUCGCCGCCGCCGCCAUCGUCAACGCCGUCUGGGGUGGCCCCUUUGGAGGACGAAGAAGGAAAAGCGAAAGAAGUGCGGCAGGAAAGAGAAGCCGAGGUAGAAACAGCAAAGAAGAGGGUCCAGCAUCUGUGGUUCGACAGCAUGGCCAAGUCGAGGGGCAAGUACGUGCCGAGCAAAGCGACAAACGAGUUUGUAGUUCAGGUGGCCAACCUUCCGGAUCUAUAUCGUGUCUUUGAACGAUGUUGA